AUGUGUUGCCUUAUCGAUCGAGUCUCGGCGAAUAAAGAUGCAAGUCGUCUUUUUGAGGAUCUUCUAGCCGAUUACAAUAAAUUGGUGAGACCGGUCGAUAAUAACAGUGAAACGAUGAUUGUAAGAUUCAAACUGAAAUUAUCACAGUUACUCGAUGUGCACGAAAAAAAUCAAAUCAUGACUACUAACGUUUGGCUUCAACAUGUACGUUUUCUUAUAAUUCUUAUAAAUAAUCUUGUUAUUUGGUUCUAUUAUCAAUUAUCAAAUGCUAUUAUUUCACUUGCAUAUCAAUUAUUAUUUAAGAGCUGGAUGGAUUACAAAUUGAAAUGGAAUCCAGCUGAUUAUGGAGGUGUUGACGUGUUAUAUGUGCCUUCUGAUAUGAUUUGGUUACCUGAUAUUGUUUUAUACAAUAAGUUUGCUAUUCAUUAUUCGUAUUAUCACUAUCGAUCGUGGACUUACGGUGGUCUAGAAGUGGAUUUGAAGCACAAAGAUUCACAUAAAGAACGGAAAGAAUUGGAGACAGUGCUCGGUAUUGAUGGGGAAUACGAGGAAACCGUUUGGAUUGUGGAUGAGGGCAUUGAUUUGAGUGAUUAUUAUCCGAGUGUGGAGUGGGAUAUUUUAAGUGUGCCUGGGAAACGACACGAAAAGAGGCCAGUUCGAAUAACUAAAAUUUUAGUUGAGAUAAUUCCAUCAACCUCGCUCGUGAUUCCGCUCAUUGGUAAAUACCUUCUGUUCACAAUGGUGCUUGUUACACUCUCAGUUGUUGUGACCGUUAUUACUUUGAAUGUGCAUUAUCGCACACCCACUACACAUACAAUGCCGAACUGGGUGAGGCACUUUUUUAUCGAGUUAUUACCGAGAUAUUUGCUGAUGGAGAGACCGACUCCUGCAAAAAUCGGUACUCAGUUAUUGAAUGAUGUUAAAAAUGCGUUGGUCUUACCGAAAAAAUCUGAUGCACGAAUGCCGAGUUUCAGCGUGCGACCACUGGAUCAUUACGCCUCGGCGCUUUCUGAUCAGGUUUUUCAAGAAAUGCCACUUCAGAUGGACUAUUUGUCACCAGCAUAUCGCCAGUCAUUCUCGGUGAUCUCUCAAAAGAAUCAACAUCGAGCGAGCUACACGAGCACCUUCAAUAAGGAUUAUACACCGAUGCGUAGUGCAAUCGAGAGUGUCACCUAUGUUGCGGAUUACCUGAAAAAUCAACAAGAUGAUAAUCAGAUAAUAGAAGACUGGAAGUAUAUCUCAGUGGUGAUGGACCGAAUAUUUCUAUUCUUGUUCACGGCUGCAUGCGCAUUCGGAACGGCAUUCAUCAUACUGCGAGCACCUACAAUCUAUGACACGACCGUUGCAUUGGCCUAG